CUCUGACUCAGUGCUUUUCGAUUCAUUUGCUCCCUGAUUCCUUAACCAUAGAGGGGAGGUGAUUCUCCUCGCCGCCAUUUUUAGGGAACUGCCUAUCGAAAAGAGAAACUUUGCUAGCCACUAUCUGACGUUAGCUGCUAGCUAGCUAGUUGAUCCGCAGACAGCCUCCCAGUUCGUUGAGACAGUAAACGCUUGACAGCCGUUAGCAGUUCCACUGGUGUCACAUUGAUGUUUAUUAUUCAAGCGGACUGCCAGCAUACAUGUUGGCACAACGGUUACUGGUGAACUGAAGAAACAGGCUAGUUGUUGACAGCGUGGCCGUUUGUAUAUCGGGUUUAGGAAACAUUGCGCUAAGACUAACGCAUUAGCAAUGCUAACUUAUUAGCUUGCGAAUUCACACUUUGAUUUCUCCGGACUGCAUUGCCUCGUCUGUGAUUUUGCGUCGGCUACCAAACUCUGUUGUGUACAGGGUGAGUGGAUUUAUCAGCGGUUCCUACCCUACUUUCCAGCCCGUGUGGAUUCAUUUUGACCCGAUGUCCAUGUGCUGGUUUCUUAGGCCCAUCCAUUACUACAGAUGAAUCUUCAGCUUCUUCGGCAUAGCUCAGCACCGAGAUAGUCCCAUCCCCUUUGUGUGGGUGAUAAGGGACUACAUUAAUCAGGAUGCCCUCCUCUGUAAGGGCAGGCAGCCUGAAGGAUCCGGAGGUGGCUGAGCUUUUCUUCAAAGAAGACCCUGAGAAGCUUUUCUCUGACCUCAGAGAGAUCGGCCAUGGCAGCUUCGGCGCUGUCUACUUUGCACGGGAUGUGCGCACAAAUGAGGUGGUGGCAAUUAAAAAGAUGUCCUACAGCGGCAAACAGUCAAAUGAGAAAUGGCAGGACAUCAUAAAGGAGGUGAAGUUUCUCAAGAGGAUCCGGCACCCUAACAGUAUAGAGUACAAAGGCUGUUACCUCCGUGAACACACAGCAUGGCUGGUGAUGGAGUACUGUCUUGGUUCAGCCUCUGAUCUGCUUGAAGUUCAUAAAAAACCUCUACAAGAAGUAGAGAUUGCUGCCAUAACACAUGGUGCUCUGCAGGGGCUGGCUUACCUUCAUUCCCACAACAUGAUCCACAGGGAUGUGAAGGCGGGUAACAUUCUGCUGACUGAGCCGGGGCAGGUCAAACUGGCAGACUUUGGCUCUGCCUCCAUCGCCUCACCUGCCAACUCCUUUGUAGGAACGCCAUAUUGGAUGGCCCCAGAGGUGAUUCUAGCUAUGGAUGAGGGUCAAUAUGAUGGCAAGGUUGAUGUCUGGUCCUUAGGGAUUACCUGUAUAGAAUUAGCGGAGAGGAAGCCUCCCCUGUUUAACAUGAAUGCAAUGAGUGCCUUAUACCACAUAGCGCAGAAUGAAAGCCCUACACUGCAAUCCAGUGAAUGGACGGAUUACUUUAGAAACUUUAUCGAUUCUUGCCUUCAGAAAAUCCCCCAGGACAGACCGCACUCGGACGACAUGCUGGGUCAUGCAUUUCUUCAGCGUGAACGUCCAGACUCAGUGCUGAUGGAUCUCAUUCAGAGGACCAAGGAUGCAGUACGAGAGCUGGACAACUUGCAGUACCGUAAGAUGAAGAAGAUUCUCCUCCAGGAAGCCCACAAUGGACCCACGGCAGAGGCCCAGGAUGGAGAUGAGGAGCUGGAGCCAGGCGGAGGUCGAACAGGAACAGUCAACAGUGUGGGCAGUAAUCAGUCAAUCCCCAGCAUGUCCAUCAGCGCCAGCUCACAGAGCAGCUCCGUCAACAGUCUGAAUGAAGCGGCCCAGGACAGCCGGAGUGAACUGGAUCUGAUGGAGGGAGACCACACGGUCAUGUCCAACAGUUCCGUCAUACACCUCAAACCGGAGGAAGAGGAGAGUUUGUCUGGGGAGCAGGCAGCCACAAGUCAACCCUCUGAGCCUCAGCCCACACCAGCUCAGGCACCAAGGAAGCACUACCGAAACAGAGAGCACUUUGCCACCAUCCGCACAGCAUCACUGGUAACCCGUGAGAUGCAGGAACAUGAGCAGGACUCUGAGCUGCGAGAGCAGAUGUCAGGAUACAAACGAAUGAGACGGCAGCAUCAGAAGCACCUGAUGGCGCUGGAGAACAAGCUGAAAGGAGAGAUGGACGAGCACAGACUCAGGCUGGACAAAGAGCUGGAGAGUCAGAGAAACAACUUCACCCAGGAGAUGGAGAAACUCCUCAAAAAACAUCAGGCAUCCCUGGACAAGGACCUUAAGACAUUUAGCAACGAUGAGAAGAAGUUCCAGCAACACAUCCAGGUGCAGCAGAAGAAAGAGCUUAGCAGCUUCCUUGAAUCACAGAAAAGAGAGUAUAAACUACGCAAGGAGCAGCUUAAAGAGGAACUGAGCGAAAAUCAGUCGACUCCCAAGAAGGAGAAGCAGGAGUGGCUGUCCAAGCAGAAGGAGAACAUCCAACACUUUCAGGCGGAGGAAGAGGCUAACCUGCUGAGGAGGCAGAGACAGUACCUGGAGUUAGAGUGUCGGCGGUUCAAACGCAGAAUCCUUAUUGCCAGACACAAUGUGGAGCAGGAUCUGGCCAGAGAGGAGCUGAACAAACGGCAGACACAGAAGGACCUGGAGCACGCUAUGCUGCUCAGGCAUCACGAGUCAAUGCAAGAGCUGGAGUUCAGACACCUUGGGACAAUCCAGAAGGCGCGAGCAGAGCUGAUCCGAACCCAGCACCAGACUGAGCUCACCAACCAGCUGGAGUACAACAAGAGGAGGGAGAGGGAACUGAGGCGGAAGCAUGUCAUGGAGGUCCGACAGCAGCCCAAGAGCCUCAAGUCUAAGGAGCUCCAGAUCAAGAAGCAAUUCCAGGAGACUUGUAAAACCCAGACCAGGCAGUACAAGGCACUCAGGAACCAUCUGCUGGAGACCACACCCAAGUCUGACCACAAGGCAGUGCUCAAGAGGCUGAAAGAGGAGCAGACCAGGAAGCUGGCCAUCCUAGCUGAGCAGUAUGACCACUCCAUCAAUGAAAUGCUCUCCACACAGGCUCUGCGCUUGGAUGAGGCUCAAGAGGGGGAAUGUCAGGUUCUGAGGAUGCAGCUGCAGCAGGAGCUGGAGCUGCUUAAUGCGUACCAGAGCAAGAUCAAGAUGCAGACAGACGCUCAGCAUGACAAGGAGAGGAGGGACCUGGAGCAGAGGGUCUCUCUGCGGAGGGCCCUGCUGGAGCAGAAGAUUGAAGAGGAGAUGCUCGCCCUGCAGAACGAGCGUCUGGAGCGAAUCCGCUCCCUGUUGGAGCGCCAGGCUCGAGAGAUUGAAGCCUUCGACUCCGAGUCCAUGCGACUGGGCUUUAGCAACAUGGUGCUCACUAACCUGGCACCUGAUUCUCAGGGAGGUUGGGGGGGAGGAGGUGGAGGAGGAGGCCAGGGGGCUCAGGGGGGAGGCCACUGGCCAGCAGGUGGAGGAGGAGGAGGAGGGGGAGGUGGUCACCACAGUCAUCAUCACCAGGGGGGCUCCAGCUCACAGCAGCCCUGGGGUCAUCCCAUGCUGGCUGGAGGUCCACCACCCUGGAGCCUCCAUCACCCCGGAGGAGGGGGUCAGAGGGGGAGUGGGGGAGGAGCAGGAGGGGUGAGGAACAGCCCACAGGCUAUGAGGAGGACGUCAUCAGGGGGGAGGAAUGAACAGGGCAUGAGCAGGAGCGCCAGCAUCACCUCUCAGAUCUCCAACGGAUCCCACCUGUCUUACACCUAGAACACAGACAGCACGCUGUCUUUAAGUGAAACUGAUUCAUAACGACAUGCACCAAGUAUGCACCACACAUGACUCACAUAUACUGUUGUUGUGCACAACAACUCAUCCAAAAAAAAGUGUUAAUGCUGGGUUUACCUCAGCUGAGUUCCUCUCCAGUCACCACUUUCAGUCUCUCCCAUCAGACCUAGCAGAAGUCUGUGGAAACCCAAAAGUCUUGAGGUCAAUCCAAGAUGGCUGACCGGCCAUGCCACAGUACAAUAGUGUCAUUUUUCCAGAUACUUGCAGUGCUGUUUUUGUGUGUAGAUGUUUGCCAUGCUAGUCUCUGUUGCCAUAGACCCAGAUUAAUGAUUCAUAAUCACCACCAGAAGUUUAAUGUCAAGUCAUUUGUUUGCAGUAUGCUGUUUUUAAAGGCAAUGGCCUAUUAAGGUGCAUUAUGGGAAAGUUUGCAUUCAGUGUGCUAUUUUUAAAAUGACAUGAAAAAGUAUGUACUCAUGCAUAUUGCUGCAAAACUACUCAUCAAAGUUAAGCACAUAAUUUUAUAAAUGGAGAGUUUAAUGACAUUGUUUAUGUGCAGUGUAACAGCAAAAGAAGAAGGUAGCAGGUGUUUUAGUGUUCAGUGGUUUGACGACUGAAGAGCAGAAAAGUAUAAAUAAGUCUAGAGAAGAAAAAGAAGGUUGGUGUAAGUCAGAAGAAGUUCGACUUUGCAGUCAUAGCACAAGGACAGCCUUGGUGGAUCAUGGAUAGCUUUAUGGAAGUAAUGUUUUAUUCCAGCCCAGAUAACUUCAAAUGUCUGUGUCAAUCAGAAGUUUUUGUUAAAACAGAAAAUACUAUACUUAAUGUUAAUGCCAAAAAUGCCAAAAGUUAAGGAGAAGAGUCUGUCAUCAAUGCCAACCGUUAAUGAGAUUUUACUAAAGUUGUGAGCAGGCUUAGUUAACAAAUUGUGGCCAAGUAGAUGCAUGCUAUGCAGGAUCAGAAGAGAGCAUAUUCUGUUUGGCCCAGCUCUUGUGUUUCCACAGACCUCUGCCUUUCACCUGCACCCAUCUGACAGAUGAGAUUAGGACAGAAACUGUCGCUUAUUACUCCACAACCCUCAGUAUAGGAAUGGGUUAUCAGCAGCAGCCACAGUGCUUCCCAAAGUGGUGUUCUCUCGUCCCUUGUUUGCAGUAAUUUCUCAGUCUGAUUUGGUGUUGUAUUUGCCAGGGAACCUCUCUAACCACGCCUGUUGACCUACCUCGAGAAGUAGUGCAUUGCAGCAGCAAGUUGGUGUGAUUCAACAAUAGCUAUUCACACAAUUGCAUAUUAACACACACACACGUAAACAUGAAAAUUGGGAUUAGCACACUUAGCAGUAGGGUUUUCCCAAUACUUUAUUUUCAACCAAGACAAAAGAAAAAAAAAAAAACAAGUGCUUGGCACCCAAAAAUGGAUAUCCUGUUUUUAAUUACUGGUAAUUGCAGGAAACUUGAAAUUGGGUACUGGAUAUGAUCCUAAUAACACAUAUGUGUUCCUAAUGUAUUUUUGUAAAUUACACAGUCCUUACAGUAAUUUCUCUCUCGUGGCACAUUUGAUUAAAAAGGUUACGGUUAGCCUAACCCUAACCACAACCAUAACCCUAUCAUAAGUAAAGAUCUUUAGCUAUCUUAAAGUUCUUGUUUCAUUUGAUACUAUUGAUAAUAAGAAAUAAAGGAGCUGAAUGGAAAGGACUGAGGCUGCCAAUUGCUCCAAAAAUUGUGCACCAUCUCAUCUCAAAGUCUAAUUCAGUAGGCGUAUAGUUGGAAUUGUGAUUAGGGAAUCAGGAAAAAAAUGCAUAAAGCAACACCCUAAAAAUGUGUGUUGCUUUAUGCAUUUUUCCUGUUUUGGGUCUGCUACCUGCAGAGUUUUGCUCUCAUGCUCACAGAGAUAUACUAAGUCUGCAUAAAGAUGAUGUGCUAUGAGAGGAGAAGAAACUUUAAGUGCAUUCAGAGGCCAAACAAAGUCAGCCUCAAACAAAGGUGAUAUGAGGUUCACAGUUGAAAACAAAGUUUCUCAAAGAAUUAAUCAAACAAGGACAAGCACAUAAUAUUUACCGACUUCAUAUGCAGAUCAUAUGCAGAUUAUUUAUUUGGUAUGUGACAACUCUUUCACAUAUCCAUAGCAUGGGAUAUAUUUCACAUCCAUCUGGGCAACACCUUACACAUGGAGUUUGGUAAGGGCAGAACCUUUAAGGAUCAUUGGAAGAAUGUUCUGUCACAUUCAUUACAAGCCAUUCUGAGCAACAGAACAUACAGCGUAGUAGGCAUGCGCCACCAACAAGGGGUAAAUCUGCAAGUCCAACAGGCAGCUGUUACUGUUGUUCACUAUCAGUGGAGCCAGCUAUUAAAGAGUUGGGAGAAGAACUGUCUUUUCCAAUUCUUCUGCCUUCUUUUAUACAUUUUCUCUAGUUCUGAUAAAACUGCUGCUAUAGCUGCAUCUACGCUAAUCUCUUCACUGGCCACCAAUUUUUAUAUGGUAGUGUUACAACUAAAUCACAUCUGUAGACAGUGCCUCAUUCUACUCAAGUGAAGCUGAUUGGUCUGGCCAUUCUUUGACCAGGGGCAAGUGUUUUAGGUAGAAGCUUUCCAAGAUGGAUCAGCCUGAUGAUAGACAUGGAAUCUGGCCUGUCCAUCAGCUUUGCAAGGUUACAGCAGAUUUUUAUUGCUUCACUCUUAACUGCGCGUGGCCAUUAGUGCCAGUAUGUAAGGCUGAUUUUCAGAGAAAUUGACAAUUUCUCCCUGAAUGAUGGCUUACUUAAAUAUGCACAGCAGUAUCAGCUGGCUGUUUUCUCCACAGUUAAGGGGCCAUUUAAACCUUUGCUUGUAUUUGUAAGGUCUUUUUGACAUAUUUGCACACACAUGCAGGAGUAGUGGGGAUAUAAGCUGCACAAUCCUUUUUCUAAAUUAGGCCAAAAGAUUUUACUAUAACAAAAACAUUGUAUUGAUAGGUACUGAAGUGUUAAGAAUUUUGACAACCAUUUCAAGCAGUGGUUAGCCUGGUUGGCAAUAAGUAAUUAAAUGAAAAACACACUCUGCGGCAGAAUUCAUCUUAGUUGCCAACAAGUGUUUAUGUAUAUUUGAACUUUUAAGAAUUUGAUUUCGAGGGGCAAGUGAAUAAACAGGGAGCAGAAUGACUAGCUCACUGGUGAUUGGUGGCUUCUGAAUGCGUCAGCUGAUGGGCGGUGAUGCUGUGAUCUCCACUGCCAUGCCCCUGCAACCUUCCUCGAUCUGACACCCCGCUCUAUCUCACCCCCAUUGUGACCCCCCCCAUGACACUAUCCCCCCUCUUCUCCCCUCCAACUCUGUAUCCUCCCCUUGUGAGCUCUGCGUGGCUAUCACCUCCUCCCUACAAGAAGAGCUCUUCAAGUGAAAGUGAAGAAGAAAAGAAUAUAUUUAUGUAUUAUUAUAUAAAUCUAUUAAAAAAGAUGGAUUAUAGUGAAAUAGAGAUUAAGGUGGGAGUCUUGUUGUAAAAUGCAGAGAUUGUGCAUUAUGAGUCUCAGAGGUGGAAUGUACAGAAAAAAAAAACUGUUAAUAUUGUAUAUUUUGAAUUUGAAAAUAUGGAAAUCUAAUCAACAAAUCUGAGACAAAUUAACCUGUUGACAUUGUUUUAGAACAACGCUGUUUAUAUGGAUGUUAGCUUGACAGCCGCUGGGUUUUCACGGUCUUCCUUGCAGCUGCAAAUUCACAAACAGAAAUUUUUUGUGAAUGAUAACAACACAACCUUGGUUGGAUUGCCUUGAGUAAAGCAACACUUUAUUUAGUACCGAAUGAGGAUGAUUUUGCACAGAAUUUCAGAUCUAGUUAGGUGAAGCCUUUGCUUUUGCACUGGCUAUAUUUUACUGACACGAUAAAACCCAACAUAGAAGACUUGAUGUGUCUUUUAAGUUUUUCAUGUUUUUUGGAAGAUCAUCAGGCCUUCAUUUAAGGUUAAUAACACAGACUGGGGGAAAUCUAAAAAAAUCUGAAAAAUAUUGAAAUAUUUAGCACACUUGACAACCUGAAAUAGUUCCCAAGUUCUCGCACAAAAAUGUGAAAAAUGUUAAAGGGUUCUUCUUAGGUGUUGUGGGGUCCACUGAUAGUAUUUGGACUUUUUUUCUGAAACAUUUGCCCUCUUCCCUUGUGAUUUUACACACAACAUUUCACACUGCACUUAAGUAUUUGCCUUUUUUAAACUUACCACCAUGCUCUCAGAAUUCCUCUGCUUUUCAUGGCCUGGUUCUGAAACAGAAAAGAAAAACAGAGAAUGUGGUGGUUUCACUUCUCUCUUCAGCCAGUAUGACUUUGUACCCCACAUCUUUUAUCACUCUGUUUUUUUUCCAGUUCUUUAGUGUUUUAUCUCCUUUUAUUUUAGAAAGGGUUAUUUUAUGUUCAGUCUGCAGAGGGCCAAACCUGUGGCACAUUUUAUUUAAACCUUCCUAUGUGUUUACUAGAACAGCAGAGUCUUUUGCAGGCAGUCGAGGCAGAGUCUAGCUUUAGACCUUGGUCACUCUGAACUGGAUCAGUUGCACUGAAGUUAUUGACCAGAUCAAAGAGUCUGCUGUGACAAACCCCCUCCCCCACCUCUUUAGAGAGCUGCCAUUGACUGAAAGUAGGCAGGAGGUAGGGUCAUGUCUUUGUACAGUCUGUUUAUCAGUAUUCCCUUUAUCUUUCCUGUCAUUUGGUGGAUCUUGCUGUUUUAUUCCUUUUAGUCCAGAGACCUGUAUUAAACUGUAUUAAAUUGUAUAGACUGUGCAAAAAGCUGAAUGUCGCAUAGCAGAAGAGUAAAAGCUAUUCCUUACAGAUGGCAAAGUGAUUUAAAAUGUAUAAAAUAAAUUCAGAAACAAAGUUUAGGGGAUAAAUGUAAUAUUUUGUUUGUAUUACUAUUUUUUGUUGGAAGAGGGCUACUGGAUAAAGAAUCAUCUGUAAUAAAGUAAUUUUAAUAUUU